AUGAUUGUAAACCUACCGCCAAGGUGGCACUAUGAAGGAAAGCAUGGUGUUUGUUGUGAUGGCAGUUGCGAUGGUGGUCAUGUAGACAACGAUAUGAAAGGGCCCAAUGACUUUAGCAACUGGGUGGUAAAGGAAUAUAUUAUGACUGGUGAAUAUCCUGGUAACACAAGUGACGAACAACACUUUAAAAUAUUACAAUCUCUGGUUGACAGUGGUUUAACAUUAUUUGUAUGUCUGCAGUUGGAAUCUGAAUUAAAACAUUUCAGACCGUAUCAAGAGGAUCUAAAGCAGAUUGCAGCCAAAAAGAAUAUCGAAUUGGAAUUUUUACAUUUUCCGAUUGAAGAUGGUGGAGUCGCAGAGAACCUCGAUGAGCUAUCGGAUUUCAUUGAUUUAUUGAUAGAAAAGUUAAAGAGUCAUCGUAUCUACCUGCAUUGCUGGGCUGGUCGUGGACGUACCGGUAUCAUAGCUGCUUGCCUCCUUGGAAGAUUGUAUCAAGUUUCCGGCUUGGAGGCAUGUCGAAGAAUACAAGCGUGCUACGAACAGCGUGUCGUCGGUUUUGGUGAGUCCCCAGAGUAUCAUCCUCAAAAGAUGCAAGUUAUAAAGUAUUUAAAGAAUUUACAGAGUAAAGAAACAAACAGUUAA